GCGGGUGCACACUCCAGCAACGCUUGUUCGGUCGUUUUUUUUUGGACAAAAUGUUGAUAUGGCCGUGUGCUUUUACUAGUUACAUUACUUGCACUAGCCGCUUGGUAAUAGUUUAGGUAUACUCUUUCUGAUCAGCUUAUACAGCAGAGGUGAAUUGACGCCUCAAAAUUCACAUUAAUUUAGCUAGCUUGGUUACAUUAGUUGAAAGAAAUAUAUAGAGCAGUGGUUUGACUAUAGCUAACCACCUUAGCAUUCGCUUUAUAAGUGUAGUAUAGUCACAUAAAUUGCGUUCAACAUGGACAACCAAGAACAGUGCUCUCCCUCUGAAGGAUGCGUCGACCGGUCUACGCUGGUGUCGGGGGUUGGAAAGAAUAUCAAGUCAGUUUUGUGCCAACGUUGUGGAUCGAAGGUCCUCUGCCCAGGGAUGGCGGUGUUUACGGAGAAGGAGCUGUUCCUGCCCUCAAUGGGCAAGAAGACCACUAUCACCCAAUCAGAGGGAUCCGUGGAUGGGGACACACUGACUACCCACUGGUUAGUCGACGACAUGUACACUUUUGAGAAUGUGGGCUUCACAAAGGAUGUGGGGAGAAUCAAGUACCUCAUUUGUGCAGACUGUGAGAUUGGACCCAUAGGCUGGCACUGCCUGGAUGACAAAAAGAGCUUCUAUGUUGCAUUGGAAAGAGUCAAUCAUGCCUAGUGUGGCCCAUUGUAAGAACCUUGGGAAACUAAAGAGGGUGUACACAUUUGGAACUGAAGGACAAGACAGACCAACACGAACGUCAGCCGUGCGCAGUAGAUUACUUGUUGGGUGUCGACGGACAGUGCCUAUUCAACAUGUAGAGAAGUCAACAGAAAAUGGCGGAAAAUGUUCUGUGGUCAGAGGCGAUAGGACGGUCACCCACUGCGCAUGGGCAACAUGCAUUGGUCUCUCUUGUCCUUUAAUUCUUUCUGGCCUUCACUUUCCCUCUGGCUGGUGCUGGAUGACUCCUUAGUUCUUCAAAGCCAAGUGUUCUUCAAUUCCUUUGUUUAUUACUGAUCAACAAUGGUAUUGAUGUGGUUCUCUGAACAAAUGUCUUAUCAGUCUAUAAAACUGUUAAUCAAUCUAAUACUGUAACUAACCCAUAUUCAGGUGUUAUGCUUUGGUCUGAGGUUAACCCCACAGCCUUUGGAAUUGUAUUACCUGUAUAGGCCUACUUGAUAUUACUUUCUACUUUUGAAAUAUUAUCAGACUAUCUCUGAUUCUACAAAUGUGGCCCAUUUGUACUUCUACUGUUUGAAUGAUUAGUGUGCUUAUCAGCAUAGCACACCCUUCACAUUCUGAAUAAUGGGAGUGGUUGUAUUUGUUGAGUGUGCUGUAUGCAUUUGUUGCUGAUACACUUCAAGUGACAGUGUCAUGUCUGUUGAUAUGCCACAUUGGCUUUGACUGCUGCUCUACCGCUAUGUUGGCCCUCAGCUAUUGCCAUCUAACUCCAGAGGACCCCAUUAGAUCUCCACAGUCCAUGCUCAUCAUGGACUCAUCAUUUUGAUUCUCUUUCAAACGGUUAUUAACUCUGUAAAAUAAAAUGUAUCCCUGUGAUUUUUGACCUGUUAGUAAAUUCUCCAUUCUAGUUCUAGAAUGGAGUUCACCCUCAUUGACUUGACUGCAUGGGAAAUUGAAAGUCAAUUUCAAGACCCCUUUUAGCUGAUGGAAUACUUUAUCUAAUUUACACACAUUCUCUAUUGGCUAUGGCUUGUCAUUUUUACAUAUCACUUGUAAAGUCGGUGGCCCCUCUCUGUGCACCCUCCCUCACUCCAGAAUCCAAGGAACUACACCCAAUCAUCGAGCCCAUCGAGUCCAUUUAAAAAAAACAAGUCCCGGUCACCACGAGGCUUUAGUAUGAAUGCGCUCAUCUGUUUCACUUCCACUAGAAUGCAUAACUCAAAUGUAGCCUAUACUUUUGAGUACUGUAGGAUGAAUAAAUAAGAAUCUAUA